AUGGCCAACAAGCCUACCUUACGCUUUGCAACGCGCGAAGACGUCCCCAUCAUCCUCGGCCUGAUCAAGGAGCUCGCCGAGUACGAGAACGCCUCCGACUCCGUUGAAGCCACCGAGGCCUCUCUAGCCCUCACCCUUGCCCUCGCCCCCUCCUCCCACCACCACAACUCCCACCACAAGCACGGCUCAUCCUCCAACAACGACAACUCCAAGCCCCUCCCCGACGCCCCCCUAAGCUCCUCCUCACACAGCCCCCCAACCCAGUCCUCCGGCUACGCGAAGACGAUCCUCAUAACCGCAAAACCGGAGGAUGAGGUAGCGGGCAUGGCGCUGUACUUCCACAACUACAGCACCUGGCGCGCGAAGCCGGGGAUCUACCUCGAGGACCUGUUCGUGAAGCCCAAGUACAGGAAGAGAGGUUACGGGACGCUGUUGCUCAAGGAGCUGGCGAAGGAGGUCGUGAGGAUAGAUGGGGGAAGGCUGGAGUGGAGUUGUUUGAAGUGGAACGAGCCGAGUUUGAAAUUCUACGAGUCGUUAGGGGCCAAGCAGAUGGAUGGAUGGGUGGGGCUGAGGGUCGAUGGUGAGGAAUUGGACAAAUUGGCAAAGGGCGAGGUGGAGCCGGCAGAAGAACCGGAGGCGGAGAAGCCGGAGGAAUGA